AAAUGUAAAGGGCAGGACAUGAGUUCUACAGAGAGACACAGAGAGAGAGAGAGACACUCAGAGAGAAGAAGUAGAACGUGGGAGGACCACAUAAGUGUCGACCACAUAAAAAGUCCUGGUGACUUCUCAGAUAUACAGUCAACCUUGGGCAGACUGAGAGCUGUGAGCAUGAAUAAUAACCUUAGUUACCAGUAUCCUCCAGUAUUCACAGUGGAUGCUGCAAGACCUAUUCACCAGCAGCAUGGUCAUCCUCAACUGGCCACUGGGAGGAUGGAGCCAACCCUGGUUCCCUGCUGGACCUUUCCUCCUGCCCGUUUUCAGUCCAAGAAAAGGGGCUGUGGAGGACUGACCUCUGCUGCAGGAACUCUUCUGGUUAUGGUCCUGCUGAUGGUGUUUGCUGCAAUGGGACUUGGAGCCUACCAAAUCUGGGGCCUGCAGAAAAAGUUGGCACUGCUGGAACAGGAAAUGCACACACAAACUGAAAGCAAUGCACCCGAGAGGCUAGUUGGGCACCCAACAGAAAACUUUGAUGAGACCAAGCAUCCUCAAGCUGCUCAUUUGAUUGGACAAUCCCAGGAUGGAGUAUCGAAGACCUUGAAGUGGGAGUCCAAGCAUAGCCGUGCUUUCACAGAUGGCAUCCUGUACCGUGAUGGUGGCCUCCAGGUGAACGAGACAGGCCUCUACUUUGUCUACUCGCGAGUGGAGUUCCUCUCGAACACCUGCCAACGAAGGGACUCUCUCACUCAUACAGUGUACAUAAAGAGAGAUGGUCGGGCACAAACCCUCAUGACAGAUCGCAGGGAAGGCUUCUGCAGGGAUGGGAGCAAGGAGGUGUGGACGGAUGGCAGUAAUCUUGGCUCCGUUCAACAGCUCAAGCAGGCCGACUGGGUGUUCGUUAACGUGUCCCAGCCUGCACUGCUCAGCAAAAGCCACCACAGUAAUUACUUCGGCCUCUUCAGACUCUUCUGAACAUGGAUGCAUGAAGAGAUUUGGAUGGCCAAACAGAAAUCCAAGAAUACUGUGUCUGAAUGGCUGAUUACGCCUUAGUGAACAGAUAGGGGUAGGGAAUCCACCAAGUACAUUUUCAGUCUUCUUCCAGAACCACUCAUAACCCACACUCUCUUGAAGACAAUGGUGCCAAAAAGGUCCUUAUGUGUAAUGCUAUAGAGCAGUAGAGUAGUCUUAGUGGACCAGUGUCUAGUUUAGUUCAGUAAUUUUCCUGGACAUUCAGAACAUCUUAUAGCAGUAAUGUCACCAAACUGUGCUGGACUCCGGAACUCCAGGAAUUCCAGGAAUUGAUGACCCAUACCACUGAAGAAAAAGCGCUUUUGGUUUUCUAAGGAACCUUUCAACAGAACGGUUUCAACUGAGUCGAUUGAAAGGUUAUUUAGGGAUCCAGAAGUGUCUGUUGAAUGUUCAAAGAACCCUUUUUGCCACUUUUCUUUUUAAGAGUAUAGUUACCCAUGUCAAAUUAACCAUAUACUAACCAGGAAACUGAGGGCGUUCAUUUAACAUCUGUGACUAUGCCACUACAUUCCUGCAACCAACUUCAUCUUUCAAUUUUAUUCCAUUACCAUUUAUUCCAAAAAAUCUUAAUGUCAUAGCACACAUCAUUCCCAUCAGUUUAGCUCAGUGAAAUAUCCUCUGAAUGUAUUUCAAAUCUUCAGCAUUUCGAAUAUCUUUUAGAAAACAAUAGCCCUAUGAAUGUUCAGUGAACACUAAUAUAAAGUUGCUGUAUUUAUUUUCAUUACUGACAUAUCCUUUGUAUAUAUAACUGGUCUGGACAUUUAUCAAUAUGAAUAGUGGUCAUAUUGACCAAUAAGAGAAGAGUUAUGCUAUAUAUUUUCCCUCUCAAAUAAAUU